AUGCAUUACAUGCCUCAGCAAAAGAGCUUUCUUCCUCCCUCUACUAUUGCCCGCGACAUAAGCGAAGCCUCUCCCCCGAGAGACGCUUCACAAAGCGGAAGCUCGGGGAAACCCGAGGAGGUGACUAUGUAUGUUCCCGUGCAAGAAGCCGCGGACGUUCCUGAUGCUAUUGAUAUGGUGGUGAGUGCUUGGGAGGUGGCUGGCGCGCAGCCCCCACCGCAGCAUGCAUUAAUGCCCCCUGUAUCGAGUCAUCUAAGCGCUUGGUCGGCGCUCCCGGCAGCAUCUUAUUGGGUGAUCAACACCAUAAAACGCGGCUAUAUGCUCCAGUUCGCUCGCAGACCACCCCGCUUCGGCGGUGUAAUUAUGACAGAGGUAUCAGAACAGAGCGCCCCGCUGCUACGGGCAGAAAUCUCAUCUCUCCUGGCCAAACAAGCAGUAGAGAUAGUGCCCGAGGAGCGGAGAAAUUCCGGGUUCUACAGCCGUUAUUUUCUAGUUCCGAAAAAGGACGGAGGUAUGCGCCCCAUCUUAGACCUGAGAUUACUGAACAAAGCGCUCGCGAAACGCACGUUCAAGAUCAUAACGGUGAAGCAGAUCCUCGCGCACAUUCAGCCCGACGAUUACUUCAUUGCAGUGGAUCUGAAGGAUGUGUACUUCCACAUCCAGAUAGCCCCACAUCACAGGCGCUUCCUGCGUUUUGCAUUCGAGAGUGUGGCAUACCAGUUCAAAGUGUUGCCGUUUGGGCUCGCUUUGGCCCCCCGUGUAUUUACAUUGUGCAUGAAUACAGCGCUCGCUCCCCUGAAGCUCAGUGGAAUGCGCAUACUGAACUAUCUCGACGACUGGUUAGUCAUCGCGCGGUCGAGAAGCGCUCUCGAGGAACACAAACACAGACUCUUCGCCCACCUGGCAGGUUUGGGGCUGUCUGUGAACAUUCAGAAGAGCACACUGCAGCCGCGCCAAUCUAUCACAUUCCUGGGUAUGAUACUGGACUCGUGCACUAUGAUCGCGAAUCUGUCAGAGCCGAGAGUCCAGUCGAUUCACAAUACACUAGCCCUCUUCGUUCAAGGCAGAGCUAUCCCCUUAAGAACGUUUCAGAGGUUGCUCGGUCUGAUGGCGGCUGCAGCCUCCGUCUGCAGACUGGGCUUGUUGCACAUGAGACCGCUUCAACACUGGUUACAGGGCCGAGUGCAGCCGCGGGCGUGGAGAGCGGGAACGGAACGCCUUAUCAUAACACGUUCAUGUCUCGAGACUCUGGCGCCUUGGUUCGGCACGACCAUAUUCGAGGGUGCUGCUAUGGGCAGAGUGGUCAGACGUGUAGUGGUCACUACGGAUGCAUCACUAUCGGGCUGGGGAGCCCUAUGCGAUGGCAGACCAGCAUUCGGUACGUGGGCAGGGGACCAGACGCGCUGGCAUAUUAACUGCUUGGAGAUGGAAGUGGUUCAUCUAGCGCUGCAGAGUUUCCUUCCGUUCGUGAAAGACCGUCAUGUUCUCAUCAGAACGGACAACACGGCGGUGGUGGCGUACAUCAAUCGCCAGGGAGGUCUGCGUUCGCGAUCCCUGCAGGGAUUAGCGAGACAGCUGCUGUUAUGGACGGACAGGGUACUUCUGUCGAUUCGAGCAGUCCACGUACCGGGCAGUUUGAAUUGUGGCGUUGACAUGCUGUCCAGGGACGGCAUUGUACACGGAGAAUGGAGGCUCCAUCCGCAAACGAUAAAUAUGAUCUGGAAUCUGUUUGGCAAAGCGGAGAUCGACCUCUUUGCGUCGCAGGAGAACGCCCACUGCCCUCUGUACUUCUCGCUGACAGCAUCCCCCCUGGGGGGAGACGCGCUGUCGAGCCGCUGGCCCAAGGGACGGAAGUAUGGUUUUCCCCCAGUCAAGUUAAUGCCGCUGGUGCUGCAAAAGAUCAGGGAGGAGAGAUGUGCGUUGAUUCUGGUAGCACCCAAAUGGCCCAACCAGCCGUGGUUCCCGGAACUGGUGAACAUGGCGCCUUCCCCCCCGUGGCGGAUCCCGCCGAGAAGGGACCUUUUAUCCCAGGCGAGGGGCACCAUAUGGCACCCCAACCCAGAGCUUUGGGACCUACAUGUGUGGCAGAUCAGCGUGGAGUAUAUCAGCGAGUGCUGCAGACAAUAGCAGAGGCUAGAGCCCCUUCGACGAGGCGCUUAUACACUCUGAAGUGGAAAGUAUUUGCUAACUGGUGUGUUGACAAAAAGGAGGACCCCAGGAGUUGCGAUGUCUCCAUUAUUCUGACCUUCCUACAGGAACGUCUGGAUGCUGGCAGUUCUCCAUCUACAGUGAAAGUCUACGUGGCCGCUAUCGCCGUUUUUCGUGACUUGUUAGACGGCCAUUCAGUGGGGAGGCACCCCCUGAUAA